GCGGCGCCGCCCGCCCGCGCCGGCUCGCCCCUGCCCGGCGGCGCCCAGGGGCUGGACCUGGAGUUCGAGGUCGAGGGCAUCGACGAGGUGGACCUCGAGGAGAGGCUGCGGAAGGCGGGCCUGAACCGCGAGCAGCUGCAGCUGGUCUUCCAGGAGCGCGUGCACGAGGCCGCGCAGCAGGAGCCCCACCUGAACCACGUCACGACGCCCAUCGGCCCGAGCUUCCUGCACCAGGAGCGCGCGUCGCCGUGGAUCUACCAGCGCCGCGCAGAGGAGGAGCGGCAGCGCCUGGAGAGCGAGGAGCGGGAGCUGCAGCGCCGCGGCUUCCGGGCCCGGCCGGUGCCCGCCACGCUGCUGGCGCCGCGGCCGUGGCAGAUCACCCAGUCGCAGCUGCCUGGCGCCGCCAGGCGGAGCAGGUCCGCGGAGGGCGCCCGCGGCUCGGCGGGCGCGGCGGAGCGCGCGCCCUCCGCGGAGCGGUCCCUCUCUGCCGAGCGCUCGCGGCCGGGCUCCGCGCACGGCCCGCGGGAGCGGCGCUCGUCGCCGCGCUUCGACCUCUCGACGCCCGAGAAGGUCCACCAGGCGCAGCCGCGGCGGGCGCGGCCGGUGCCCUGGAGCUGCACGGCCCCGCUCUACGACCAGAUGCUGGCCGAGAAGGAGCGGCUGCGCGCCGAGCGCUCGGAGCGGCACGUGCGGCAGAGGAUGCGCUCGUCGUCGCUGCCCCCGCGCCUGGAGGCCGUCCGGGCGACGAUCGCGGGGGAGGCGGCGGGCCACGGCCGCGUGCACCGCGCCAGCACGCCGGUGCCCGCGGCGCAGCUCGCCUCCGGCGCCGCCCCGCGGAAGUUUGUCGUCGGGCGCGCGCACCGCGCCGAGAGGAAGCUCGAGGCGGCGCCGGGACCCGGCCGCGGCGGCGCCCGCGCCGUCACGGACGCGGCCGAGGGCAUGGCGCGCGCCGCGUCGGCGUCCGUGCUGCUGGGCGCGGGCGGGGGCCCCUCGUCGACGCUGCGAGGGGCGCUCGGCCACUCGGCGCUCUCGGAGGGAGGCCCGGCGUCGCCCCUGGGCCAGCUGGAGGGCCUGGCGGCGCAGGCCGGCAGGACCGGCGUCUAUGGCCGCUCCUACGGCCUCAGCCACUUCUCCCCGCCCGAGAGGCCAGCGACGGGCGGCCGCGCCGAAGCAGCGCCGGACCACCGCUCGGUGGGCCAGCCCACGAUCUCCAGGGAGGUGCCAGACUUCGCCGCCCUCCACGAGCGGGAGAAGCAGAUGCUCGAGCGGCGGAAGAGCAGGAACCGCCAGCUGACCCGGCAGGCGCCCUUCGUGUUCCACGUCCCGCGGCCGGCCAGGUCGACGGUGAGACAGCCCAAGCUGGCGAAGGACCCCUCGUCGGACUGGCGCUUCUCGCGCCCGCGCAGCGCCGGGGCGCCCCGUGCCGGGUCUGCGGGCCCGAGCUGGCGCCAGGCGCUGGAGCGCCCCACCGCCGCGCCGCCGCGCUCCACCGAGAAGGCGCUGCAGUGGCAGCACCACACGCGGCGCUACCUGCAGGAGCUGGCCGAGCGCGAGCAGAGGGCGCAGGAGGCCAAGGAGCCUCCCGCCACGAAGGCCUCCCCCGAGAUGCGCCGCCGCGUGCAGGAGGCGGCGGCAGCGGCUGGCCCGGUGGAGCCGCUGCAGGAGCGCAUCAGCCGCAUCGUCGCCGACAAGCGGCAGGACAGCGCGCUGCUGCACCGGAAGAAGCGGGAG